AUGGACGGGCUGUCUGGAGCCGCCAGCGUGGCUGGCAUCGUGUCGUUGACUGUCCAGUUGGCGGAAAGCAUACAAAAAAUCUGUAAAUUCCUUUCCGCACUUAAGCAUGCAUCCGAAGAUAUCGAGGACAUCAUCGACGAUCUCGAAGUUCUUACAUACGUCCUCGCUGACAUACAACGUUGUGAAGAACUCUUCGGUCCACAUAAUGCUACAGCAAAGGCUUUACUUCGCUGCCGGAGACAAGUUCGGGCCCUAGACAACUUGGUCACGGGCUGGAAGGAAGAACUUGAAAAGGACAGCAGAUGGCGUCGUGGCCAGGCUGCUUUCAAGGUUGUCAUCAAGGCCGACAAGCUCGUGCCCGAUGAGCUGUUUGACCGCGCCAGAAGUGUCAUAAAACAUGGCAACCUUCAAGGCCUCAUCGACAUGCUCUCGUCUAGGGUGAUUAGUAUCCAUUCAAAACAUGUCAGUGGUGAUGAUCUGCUGCAGUUAGCUGCAGAAUCUGUUCAACCUGAUAUCUGCGCCUUCCUUCUGAAAUCCGGUGCGGACCCACAAGCAAGACGCUAUCCAACCGCCGCUGUUGCAUUCCACUUUAUUAGCCAUGCGUCACUCCCCGACAUCCAAUCUCGCCAGCUGGAAACUAUGAAGGCGUUCACUGCUGCCGGUCAGGACUUGCUCGAUAUUGACACGAGCCUGACGGUCGAUAUGUUUUCGGACUAUUCAGCGAACACAGCCAAUGCAAGUGCCUAUUACUGGUUACUGGAUCAGCUCGUUCUCACCCUGCAGUUCUGCGACGAGCCAACAGUGGCAGAGUCAUGGGCAAAACUCCUUGGCGGAGGUCCAAAUGCGGACUCCAAGCCAACCGAUUUCUUGAGACAUGCGUUCACCUUUAUCGGCAAUCCAAAUCAUAAAAGGCUGGGAUUAGUGCGUCGCCUGGACUCCGGCAUAUCCAAGGAAGAAACCGAGCUAUGGAUGAACGAGAUAGGCUCACUUAAUUUCAUUGUGCACACUGAGUCGUUUGGUAGAGUUGGUCCGCUAAGCCUGCACUCAAUGGCUACACCAGCAUUGCUGAACAACCUUCGGCGGUUUCUGGACCUUGCAGGGAUCACAGUUGAGGAAUUCGUCAAAGGAGAGAUUCCCUUGGUCAAUGAUGUGUGCAUCGACGGGCAAGGUCACUGGGCUGAGGAAAGGCUUUUGGACCUUUUCCAUUGGGACUUCGAAGGAAUUUUUGCGCUGGGACGGGGGCUGUGCUCCGUAUGUGACGAGUACAUGGGUUGGGAACUAGAAGGUGAGAACAAUGCGGUGUGGACUUUGGGGAUACAACAAAUCAAAUGCGGGAGAUUACCGAAUGGCCCCUUCGAAGGAGACGAAGAGAAAGCAUAUAGGAGAUGGACACGCUACAUGGAGCGAUGGAGGUCAGAAAAGAUUUGCAAGGAUUGCCAGGAUGAAGAAGGAAUGACCGGUGAUGGAAACUUCGAGUCGUCCCCAUUUCUUUUGGAUAUCUAA